ACAGACGAUAAGCGAAGACAGAGAGGAAAGUUGUUUACCAGCACGAUUAAUUAUUAUUUAGGAGACAGAGAGGCACGUCGUUGUUUUCAGACGACCGGAAACUGGACAAAUUAGCUCAGAUUUGAUUCGUGAAGAUACUUGAGCAUGACAAGUAAAAGCCGCUUAGGAUUCCUGAAACUUGGGCUCUCUAGCUUCAGAAUCCGAGAUUCUUACUGUAACAUAGUUGUCCUAGGAGCCGAAGAAGUUGGGAAAACUGCUCUAGUAGUUCGUUUUUUCACCAAGAAGUAUCUUCCUGAGUACUCCCACUCUCCCAGUACUUGCUAUGAAAGAAAUGUGAGCCUGAAUGACAAAAUGCUUCCAGUGAGAGUAUUGGACACUUCUGGCAAGGAGUCUUUUACCUCUCUGAAAGCCAGAGGAACCUUAGACGGGGCUCACGGCUAUGUUGUUGUCUAUUCUGUAACUGACAAGCGCAGUUUCUUCAAAGCAAGGGAUCUAUUAAAACUUCUGAACGAUGAUUUUGGUAAUGAUGGGCGAACUCCGAUAGCAAUAAUUGGAAAUAAAGAUGACUUAGGGCAUCUCAGAUCUGUCAGUGCCAAAGAAGCUCAGCGUAUCUCUUUGACAUAUCCACGAUGUACAUUCCAAGAGUGUUCUGCUGCUAGAGAAGCACAUAAUGUGGAAACUGCAUUCCAAGACUUUCUUCAACAGGUUAUUCAGUCAAAAGGAGAAAAGCGUCCUCUAUCGGCAUUAGCAGCACUUACCUCGAAGUCACAAAAUCCGAGACGGAACAGUGCAGGAAAUUUUACAUUAAACAACUGGUGGCGACGACCACGAUUUAGUUCAGAGAGAGACAGCAGACAGGAUCGUACCUUUACAAUGUAAUGACUUUAACGUUUCUCCUUUCAACAAUAUAUAUAUAAUCCUGCAUUGACAAAAUAAAACAUGUUUGUGUUUACUACUGGAACGUAGAAGAAAGUAAAUAGCUUUCACUACAGAAAAAUACGAAACUCUUGGGUUAUAGUGUUACAUAUUUUUGUCUUUGAUUUAUUUUUUAAAUGCACGUACUUUCCUAACAUUUCGCUGUACAAUUUAUUUUUAGAUUACAUAAAUUUAAUAAUAAAACAACAUGAUUAGUAUUCAGUCAUCACCAAUUGAUAUUAGAAUCGAGAUUAAUUUGAUAAACGUAGUUUUGAAAUUCUUCUAUUUUAGUAGACUCAGAUGCUGUGAAAUUUCAGAUUUUAGAGACACUGAUAUAAUCCUGUUUUUUUUUUAUUACAAUAACAUACCGUUCUGAUGUUUAGCACUGUAGGCAAGUAAGGCUACGUUAUAUAAAAGUAAAUCUGGGGAAAUUGUGUAUCGGUAUUUACUUAUUCUAUAUGUCUUUACUUUGUUGCUAGUAUUACUGUAAUUCGGUUUGAUCUGGAGCUCUGUUACCUCGAGAACCAACUCAUUAGUGUAAGAAGAUAUUAAUUGUUGUUAAAUUCAUUCAUUAAUUGCGUCUUUUACGCCAUUAAAUGGUUUAAACUACUUUGUAUCAUUAGUGUUUAAUCGAAUAUCUACCUUCAGUAAACUAAAGUUAGUACUAUAUUUGAAUAAAAAUAAUAAGUUUUACUGCUAUUAUUUGUCAUCCAUUUAUAAUGGUUUCACUAAUUUUUAAGCGGUAAC